UCUGUGUUAUAAUGAAGAAUAACAUCUUUUCUAAUAGACUUUCAGACUGCAGUAUCAGUGAAGAAGGUUAUAAAGCUCUGUCUUCAGCUCUGAGAUCAAACCCUUCACACCUGAUAGAGCUGGAUCUCACAGGAAAUGAUCCUGGAGAAUCAGGAGUGAAGCUGCUCAGUGAUUUACUACAGGAUCCAAACUGUCAACUCAACACACUGAGGUUUUUGGGUCCUGCUGCAGAUGAAGGCUGUCAGUAUGUGACUGGAAUUGUGGGUAAAAACCCGUUACUCCUGAGAGAGCUGAAUCUGAGUGGACGUAAACUAGGAGACACAGGAGUGAAUCAGAUCUCUGCUCUACUGCAGGAUAAACACUGUACACUCAACACACUGAUUCUGUGUGGAUGCAGUAUUACAGAGAAACAGUGUCUCAUCCUGACUUCAGCUCUGAAAUCAAACCCAUCACACCUGAGAGAACUGAACCUGAGCUGGAAUAAACUACUAGGAGACUCUGGAGUGAAACACCUCAGUGAUCUACUGAUGAACACACAAUUCAAGCUGGAGAAACUAGAUCUGCGUGAAUGCAGUAUUACAGAGAAACAGUGUCUCAUCCUGACUUCAGCUCUGAAAUCAAACCCAUCACACCUGAGAGAACUGAACCUGAGCAGGAAUGAACUACUAGGAGACUCUGGAGUGAAACACCUCAGUGAUCUACUGAUGAACACACAAUUCAAGCUGGAGAAACUAGUUCUGUGUAGAUGCAGUAUUACAGAGAAACAGUGUCUCAUCCUGACUUCAGCUCUGAAAUCAAACCCAUCACACCUGAGAGAACUGAACCUGAGCGAGAAUAAACUACUAGGAGACUCUGGAGUGAAACACCUCAGUGAUCUACUGAUGAACACACAAUUCAAGCUGGAGAAACUAGAUCUGCGUGAAUGCAGUAUUACAGAGAAACAGUGUCUCAUCCUGACUUCAGCUCUGAAAUCAAACCCAUCACACCUGAGAGAACUGAACCUGAGCAGGAAUGAACUACUAGGAGACUCUGGAGUGAAACACCUCAGUGAUCUACUGAUGAACACACAAUUCAAGCUGGAGAAACUAGAUCUGUGUGAAUGCAGUAUUACAGAGAAACAGUGUCUCAUCCUGACUUCAGCUCUGAAAUCAAACCCAUCACACCUGAGAGAACUGAACCUGAGCAGGAAUGAACUACUAGGAGACUCUGGAGUGAAACACCUCAGUGAUCUACUGAUGAACACACAAUUCAAGCUGGAGAAACUAGAUCUGUGUGGAUGCAGUAUUACAGAGAAACAGUGUCUCAUCCUGACUUCAGCUCUGAAAUCAAACCCAUCACACCUGAGAGAACUGAACCUGAGCUGGAAUCAAAUAAAAAACCCAGGAGUGAAUCACUUAUGUGACGUACUGAAGGAUUCACGCUGUAAACUGGAGAGAUUGAGUCUUUAUGUCUGUGACAUUACAGCUGUUUCUUCUUUAACUCAGUCUUUGACAAACACAAAAGCUCUGCAGUUUCUAAAAGAGCUUGAUCUGAGUUAUAAUAAGAUUGGAGACUCAAAGCAGAAGCUCAUUGAUGUGCUACGAGACUCAAACUGUAAACUGAUCACAAGAUCGUCUGAACUACUGCAAAGACACAAAGAUCUCAGUGUUGAGCUGUUCAUCUGCAGUAUGUCAGAGAAGAGAAAGAUGAGUCUCUCACAGAAACAGAGUGUAAGAUCAGGCUCACAUGUGUCCAGCUCUGUGUCUGUGAAGAGUGACUGGUCAAAAGGUGAUCCACCGAAGUUCAGUGAGGAAACACCAUCAGCUACUGAAAGGCUGCAUUAUGAGACAUUAGACUUAGACUUUCAGAUUAACAGGAAACACAAGAAUUUCACAGACAAACUCCUAGGAAUCUUUCAGGAUCUUGAGAAGAAAAUAAUCACAUUUCUAAAAAAUGAACUGGACAUGUUUAAGAAAAUAUUACAAAAAGAGGACAUGCGAUACUUUGUGAAGGACUUUAAUGAGAACAGAUGCAGUAUGAAAGAAGCAGCUCUUGAUCUCACGCUCUACUUCCUGAGAGAGAUGAAGCAAGAUGAAGCUGCUGAUACUCUAGAAGAUGAGCUGUUCUUCAUUCAUCAGCUAAAGUGUAGCCUAAAGAAGAAGUAUCAGUGUGUGUCUGAAGGAAUUGCAAAGCAAGGAGACUCUACACUUCUGAAGAACAUCUACACAGAUCUCUAUAUCACUCAGGGUUGUAGUGAACAGGUCAAUACUGAACAUGAGAUGAGACAGAUUGAAGUUGCUUCCAGACGUCAUGAAUCACAGGAGAUACAGGUUGAGUGCAAACAUUUGUUUGAAGCACCUGAACAAGACAAGCAGAUCAGAACUGUACUGACAAAAGGAGUUGCUGGCAUCGGAAAAUCAGUCUCUGUGCAGAAGUUUGUUCUGGAUUGGGCCGAAGGAAAAGAAAAUCAAGAUAUCAGCUUCAUAUUUCCUCUUCCAUUUAGAGAGAUGAACUUAAAGGAGCAAGAAAAACUAAGUUUGAUGGACCUUAUAACUCAGUUUUUCCCAGAGACAAAAGGACUGAACCUUACGAGAAGAAAUCAAUUCAAAGUCUUGUUCAUUCUUGACGGAUUGGAUGAAUGUCGACUUCCUGUAAACUUUAAGGAUAAUGAGACGUGGUCUGAUGUUUCAUCACCAGCCUCUCUGGAUGUUCUCCUGACGAACCUCAUCAAGGGAAAUCUGCUUCCUUCUGCUCUCAUCUGGAUCACCAGCAGACCAGCAGCUGCCAGUAAGAUUCCUCCUGACUGUAUCGACCGGCUGACAGAGAUACGAGGAUUCAAUGAUGCACAAAAGGAGGAGUACUUCAGAAAAAGAUUCACGGAUGAGAAUCAGGCCAAAGAAAUCAUUGAUCAUGUUAAACAAUCAAAGAGUCUCUUUAUCAUGUGCCACAUCCCAGUCUUCUGCUGGAUUUCAGCCACUGUUCUCCAGAACAUUUUACAGGAGAAAAGAAAUAAUGUUCAAUAUCUGAGAAAUUGA